ACGCGUCGUUCAUUCCCAUGCAGGGUCUCCAUCACCCCAGCCAUCACUUGAGAUUUUGACGAGCGUCGCACCUAAGGAUGUUCCGUCAAGUUGCUUCCCGCGCCACCCGUCUCGGCGCUGCGACCUCGAUUGCUCGCGUGAACGCCCCCCGCGCCAUGGUCCGCAGCAUGAUGACAGCGGCGAAGACCACCAAGUCGUCCAAGACCAUGAACGUGUCGGCCAUGUCCGCGGCGCUUCUGUUGACAGCCGGUGCUUCGAUGACCAUUCUCCAUGCCAAGGAAACGGUUCCCGAUGUUGCAAAAAUUCGAUUGGAAAUCGCGGAAUUGAUCGAAAAAGACGCGUACCUCGGACCCACGCUGGUGCGCCUCGCGUGGCACUCGUCCGGCACGUACAGCAAGAAGGACAAUAGUGGCGGCUCCAAGGGUGGCACCAUUCGCCAUGACCCGGAGAUCAAUCAUGGCGCUAAUGCGGGUCUGGAUACCGCCAUCGAGAAGCUGGAACCCAUCAAGAAAAACUACCCUGGCAUUUCCUACGCCGACUUGUAUGUGUUGGCCGGGAUCGUCGCGAUCUCGGAAAUGGGGGGCCCGGAAGUCAAGUUCCAUUUGGGUCGAAAGGACGCUGUGAGCGGCGACGAAUGCACCCCCGACGGUCGCUUGCCCGACGCCGACAAGGGCUCCAAGCCCAACACCAUCAACCACGUGCGUGAAAUCUUUUACCGCAUGGGCUUCAACGACCGGGAAAUCGUGGCGUUGAUCGGCGCGCAUGCCGUCGGGCGGUGCUACCCGUCCCGAAGCGGGUUCAGCGGUCCUUGGACGCGCGCAGAGUGGACAUUCUCGAACGAAUACUACCGUGAACUGCUCGAGAACAAGUGGACGCUCAAGAAGUGGAAGGGGCCGCAGCAAUACACCGACCCCACGGGCGAGCUCAUGAUGCUGCCCGCCGACAUGGCCUUCAUUUGGGACCCCGAGUUCAAAAAGUACGUGGAACUGUACGCCAAGGACGAAGACUUGUGGCACAAGGACUUUGCCAAGGCAUUCCAAAAGCUCACCGAGAACGGUGUCGACAUUGAAAAGACGGGAUGGCGUCGAUACAUUUUCUUUGGACCUCGCGGGGAUUAAAAGGGGGAAUUCCAUGGAUUUUCCAUGGAUCGUUAUAUUUGUGAUUCAACGAGGUCUCGGUUGUUUGUGUCAUCCAUGUAAUAAACAAC